AACAUAGAGAAAAAGCAUUUCCUCCGCACAUUAUUCCCCCUUCUCUCCAGUCUGAUAGAGUAGAGCCUCUGGGCAAAGCCAAAGCGUUGAGAAGCUUCUUCACUCCGUUCUUGUUUUCUCUCCGUUUAAUCAGUUUUUAUUUUCUCGAAUGCGAGUAUCUUUGAUUCAACCGAGGAUCCGAGGCAUAGAUCCGUUGGUUUCCGCCAGAUCUCUUCAUUGGUAUGCUCUUGUUCUUGAUUUGCUCUCUCUGCCUUAUCCGUGUUAACUAUGCGAGGUUCGUGUCUGAAAUGGAUGAAGUGUUACCGGAGAGAUUUGGUAGCGAGGGGAAGAAAAUGAUGGAAAUUAUUGGAUGGUUUGAGCCCAUCUCGGAGAAGUUGUAGCCAUUCAGCGUUUAAAGUAGAAAAAUUCAUUACAUUAGCGGUAGCGGCGGAAUUUCUGAUACCAAAUAUUGGUCUGAGAAGGUGAUGGAAGAGAUGUCUCCAGCAGUUGCCAUGACUUUGAGUUUGGCUAACUCCAUUUCCGAUAACUCGGGGAUCUCAUCACCGGUGGAAAUCACUCGGCUAAAGCUUGUUACUGAUGCGGCCGGCAUGUUAUCUGGUUCGGCAAAUCAAAGUUGUAAUAACAUCGAGACAGACUCUGCACUGGAAGUGGAUUCAGAGUUAGAGGAGAAAGGUCAAGUAGGAGGACCCGAGUCUUCUGCAAAUGUCUGUGAUGAGACUGUUCAAGAAACGGACGAAGAUGAGGUAUUAUCGGUCGUGGGGGAGGACGCGAGUGCAGUCAUCAGCGAAGGGUUAUUAGUUGUGGAUACUGGCUCGGAAAUAAGCUUGCCAGAUACAAUGGAGAUAGAAAACGGGCGUGUUAUUGCAAAGGCGAUUAUACUGGGGGAGACGAGCAUAGAGCAGGUUCCAGCAGCGGAAAUCCUUAUCAUGAGCGUGAAUCCAAAUGCGAAAGCUUCAGAUGGGUCUGUCCUGAAUGCUUCAGAGGUGGUCAUUCGGUUGCCCGAAGAAAAGAAUCAUCUCUCAAAAGCGGGGAGCAGGAGUGUGUUUGAGCUGGAUUGUAUACCUAUAUGGGGCAUGGUUUCGAUCUGUGGGAACAGGCACGAGAUGGAGGAUAAGGUUUCCGUUUUGCCUCAUUUUCUGAAAAUACCGAUCAAAAUGCUGAUCGGGGAUCGUGUUAUUGACGGGAUGAGCCCCAGUCUCACUCACCUCACUGGGCACUUUUUCGGAGUUUAUGAUGGCCAUGGGGGCUCACAGGUUGCUGACUAUUGUCGUGAGCGAGUCCAUUAUGCUUUAGCCGAAGAGAUUAACCGAAGCAAAGCUGAAUUAGAUAAUGCGGAUAAGGGCGAGAGUAGGCAGGUUCAGUGGGAAAGAGCCUUUACCCGUUGCUUUCUAACCAUCGAUGAUGAGAUUGCAGGGGGCAGACCAAAUACCGGUUCUUCUGACGUUGUUCUCGAGGCCGUUGCUCCCGAGACCGUAGGAUCCACCGCCGUGGUUGCUUUGGUUUGUUCGUCACAUAUUAUUGUUGCCAACUGCGGUGAUUCAAGAGCGAGAGCGGUUUUAUACCGCGGCAAAGAAUCAAUGGCUUUAUCUAUUGAUCACAAACCGGAUAGAGAAGACGAGUAUGCGAGGAUAGAUGAAUCCGGAGGGAAGGUUAUACAGUGGAAUGGAGCUCGUGUUUUUGGUGUUCUCGCUAUGUCGAGGUCCAUUGGUGACAGAUAUCUGAAGCCAUGGAUAAUCCCGGAACCCGAGGUAACGUUCAUACCACGAACCCGGGAAGACGAGUGCCUCGUACUGGCAAGCGACGGGCUAUGGGACGUGAUGACAAACCAGGAAGCAUGCGAAACGGCCAGGAGGCGGAUCCUGCUGUGGCACAAGAAGAACGGGAGCCCGGCCUUAGCCGAGAGGGGCAGAGGGGCGGACCCGGCGGCUCAGGCCGCGGCCGAGUACCUCUCCGUGGUUGCCCUUCAGAAGGGGAGUAAGGAUAACAUGUCCGUCGUUGUGGUGGACUUGAAGGUUCAGAGGAAGUUCAAGAACAAGUCUUGAUGUCAGUCUCCCUCCUUUUUUUCUCAUUUUAUUGAUUCCACGUUGUCUGUCGGGAUGGGGGAAAUAAAGAAAAGGACGAAAAAAAAAUGAGUGCAAGGUCCAUUUAUUUUUUUCCUGCGUGUGUAUUAAGAAAGGAAUAGAAGAAGUGUUUUUGUUAGUA